AUGUUUUAUGACCUGAAUGUCCCUUUCAGCCCGGAUGACCCAGAGGUGCCCCACACUCUCAACUUCCUCGCUGAACUUGGUUACACCACCGUGGCCUUGUCUCAGACAAUCAAUGGGAAGCUUCCUGCGAGCCUCACUCCACCCGCUCUUCCAGCGAACCCACCGAAAUCGCUUCAAUUGCUGACCCGGCUUAACCUAACUUUGGCCGACCCCGCACAGAAUCAACGGCUGGCUGCCUUGACUCAAGCCUACGAUCUGGUUGCGCUCCGUCCCACAAAUGAGAAAUCUCUUCUAAAUGCCUGUACGAAUCUGGAAUGCGACGUGAUCUCGGUGGAUCUCUCCGUGAGACUGCCAUAUCAUUUCAAGUUUAAAAUGCUAUCUGCAGCGAUCUCACGUGGAGUCCGAAUCGAAAUCUGCUAUGGGCCAGGAAUCACAGGGAGUGGUAUUGAUGCGCGGAGGAAUCUCAUCGGGAAUGCAACUUCCUUGAUCCGCGCAACACGCGGCCGAGGUAUUAUUGUGUCAAGCGAAGCCAGAAGGGCGUUGAGUCUGCGAGCCCCGUGGGAUGUGAUCAACCUUACCUGUGUCUGGGGGCUAUCACAAGAGCGCGGAAAGGAAGCAAUCUGCGAAGAGACGAGGAAGGUCAUCGCGCUGGCCAAGUUGAAGCGUACCAGCUGGCGCGGUAUUGUUGAUGUUGUCCAUGGCGGAGAGAAAGUUAAACCAGACAAUGGGGUACCAAAGCAGAAAGGUGCCUCAAAGCCGAAAGAGCCAACAGAGCCAACAGAGCCCGAGAACGGGGCUGAUAACCUCAAGAGAAAAGCGUCUAUCAGCUCCGAACCUGUUGCCGAGGACCCCGACAAACCUCUCUCGAAGAGAGAAAUCAAGCGACGAGCCAAGAAGGCGAAAUUUGAUGCCAAAGGAGGAAACACCACUUGA